AUGGCUGUGGUGACAAAACUGGUGGGAGUGAUGAUGGUAAUGGCAAUUGGAUGCCCGCAGGCCGAGGAGCCCUCCCGCAACGCGACCACGAAACCUCAACGGAAGAUCCACCUCUCCUGGGUGGAAGUUAGAGAAUACUGUUGCUCGUUUCCCCCUGACCCGGCCGUAGAGGAAAGAAUAGGGAAUCGCAUUAUGUGUGGACCGCCACCUGUUAAGAGGCGGCAGUUCUCUAAUUCAGGAGCCAAUGAAGAUGAACCAUAA